CUUAAAAUUUUGCCAGUAGGAAGCUUAUAUAUAUACAAAGUGUUAAAAAUAUUUUAUAACAGAAGUACCAAAGAACGUGCUGAUAUCCGGAAAAAAAAUGGUACGACAAGAUACAAAUCAAAUGUAAACGUCCCUCGACCAAGCAUUAAUCACUUCAGAAAAUUUUACACCUACUUAGCACCAAAGUUUUACAACUGUUUACCUUUACAUAUCAAGGAAAUAAAAACAAAAACUAUUUUCUUAAGAACCAUAAAAAAAUACUUAUUUAACUUGGAUACUACCGACUUUUUUUACACAAUAAUUGAGUAAUAAUUUUCUUCUAAUCAACUAUAAUAUAAAUUAAACCCAUUAUAUCAAGUAACAAUUGCGGCGUCUUAUAAUUUUGUAAUUAAAAUCACACACACUAGUUAAAGAGAAAAUAUUGACCGGUCCGUCCCCUUACCCUGAAAUAGUGAGCAUGAAAAAGUAUAUGUGUAAAACCCAAACAGGCUAGUAGCCUCGGGUUUAAUUUUAGUUUCUCUAUUAUCUUAGAUCUUGUGUGCAAAUACGCAAAUACUUCGGUAGGAGUAGUUUACUGUAAAACUAAAGAUAAUAAAGAAAAGAUUCAUUCAUUCAUUCAUUUUUGAAUUGGUUUCCAUUGAUUUUAUACAUACAUAGUUUUUUAUAUUGCCAGCUAUCCUAUCCUAUCGGACAAAUUCCUGUAAAAUGGAAAAUAUGUCCGAUCGGUUUCCAACUUUUUGUGUGUGCCCUAUAUAGUUAGUUAUAUCCGUAACAAAAAAUGCUACCCGUACAAUAUGUACGUUUUUUACAGAACAUAUAAAAAAAUAAAGUUGAUAAUAAUUUCUCCGAAAGGAAAAGGUGCAUUGAAAAUCUCUUAACCCUGUCUUCAAGAACUCAAAUAGUGGCAAUGAGAAAGUGUUAUUGUUGUAUCUGUUCAAAUAACAUCGGAAAAAAAACUAAUUCGGCAAAGUUUGGUUUUUCUGCCAUAUCUUCGGAAAUAAUCGAAAUCUUCGGGUUUUCUUUAAAGCGCAACGUUUCCUUAAUUUGACCAUCUUAGUAGUGUCUUCUAUGGUUUCCUUGAUUCCCAUGAUAGACGUCUCUAUCUUGGACAUAGUGUACUAAUUUCAUGAUGAAAUAGGUAUGUUUUGCCUUAUUUUGGCAUGGUGUCAUAAUUAAUUCCUUUUAAUUUAAACGUGACAUCGCCUUUUAUCAACUUUCUCUCCCUCUGCGCCGAAGCUGCUCAAAAAGCGAAGGUAAGGUGUACCAUAAUCAUUACGUGAGAGAUAAUGAAGGCGUUUACUUUCUUUAUUUGUAAGUACCGUCUACUUAAUUAGUUUCCCACCGAGGAUGUUGACAUCUUUUGUUCUAGUGAUCAUCGUUUACUUAUGCAUUAACGUACAAUCAAGACAAAUUGGUUUUGGGUACUACAAUUUGGGUUAUUGGAAUAAAAACAACUGGCAGCAAUUGCAGACCACAGCCCCUAGUGGCACAACGACAACCACCGCCACUCCAGCCUUUCGAAGAUGCGUUUCAGAUUGCCUAAGUCGCGUAACAAAGCAAUACGAUCCGAUAUGUGCAAGCAAUGGCCAGUCGUUCGAUAAUGUAAGAUCGUUCAGAUGCGCGCGAAGCUGCGGUCUAAGAGCACGGUCGGUGGAGAGGUUGCUUCGAAUACUGGAGUGGCGUGUACCCAUAGGUUUCUUCGUAUUCCAGCUUCCAUAUGAAACUUUUUUGCAUACCAUAGGACAGAGGAGAUACGUUUUAUCUUUCGUACACCAAACUACUUCUGUGACGCAAGUUGGUUGCACGAAUUCAACAUGAUCAAAGGCACGUCCGCCGCUGCUGCUAUAGCAAAAGUUUUUUUAUACUUAUCAG